AUGUCGGUGGCGUCGGUGUUCAUAAACAAGGCGCUGUUCCACGUGUACCGCUUCAAGUUCCCCUACACGCUCGUCUUCUUCCAGACGCUCUUCACUCUCGCGCUGCUCGCCGCCAUGCGCCAGCUGCGCCUCAUCCGCGUCACGCCCUUCCACCUGCACGUCCUCCGCCGCGUAUCGCUGCUGUCAUUUGCCUUCCUGCUGAAGCUCCUCUUGGACAUGGCGGCUCUCUCCCGAGUGAACAUCCCCAUGUACGGCGUCCUCAAGUCCGCCACCACGCCCUUCGUGCUGCUCCUCGACUUCCUCCUGCGCGCCAAGCGCGCCUCACCGCGCAUACAGCUGGCCGUCUACACCACCGCGCUGGGGGGCGUGGUGGCGGGCACGGGCGACCUCACGUUCGACCUGCCGGGGUACGUGCUGGCGCUGUCGUCUGCGCUGGCGACGGCAGCAUACGUGGUGAUAGUGGGGAAGCUGGGCGAGGAGCUGCAGCUGGACUCGUUCACGCUGCUGCUGUACAACAACUGUUGGUCGCUGCCCUUCGCCUUCCUCCUCGUCGCUGCCAACGGCGAGCUGCCUGCUGUGCAGCGAGUGCUGCAGUCACGGGAUGCUGUGUUCCUUGUGUGCUUCGCGCUGUCCUGCGCCUCUGCUUUCAUACUCAACCUCGCCACCUACCUCUGCACACUCGUUAACGACAGCCUCACUACCAGCAUUGUUGGCCGCACCAAGUCCAUUUUGCAGGGCUUCGGAGGGCUCUUUGCAUUCGGGGAUGUGCUGGUUAGCCCCACCAAUCUCAUAGGCCUGAUAGUGAACUCAGGAGGAGUGGGGUGGUACGCGUAUGAGAAGUACGUGGAGGCGAGGGCCAAACAGAAGGGAGCGUACACACUGUUGGCGGAGCACCACCGUCACGAUGCCGACAGCAGAACAACCAUUGCCAGAGAUGGCUCACAGGUGGGUUGGCGCAUGUAG